AUGGCCUCCACCCUCAGAGGCAUGAGGCUCCUUCAGCUGCUCUGCUUGGCCACACUGGGGGGCUCUGGGCUGUCCACAGCCUCCCUCGGACGUCCCACCUCUCUUACGGCCUCCAGCAGCUCUUCCACGGGACAGGCACAAGGAAUCUCCAUAGCCUACAAAGUCCUGGAGGUUUACCCCCAAAGUCGCCUAAUUCUCCUGACAUGCCACGCACCCCAAGCGCCUCCACCAGUCACCUACUCCCUCUUCGCCAGCCAGGGCAUCUCGGUGAGCAGCAAGGUGAUGUGGACGCACCAGCCCGCCUCCUUCAGCAUCAACGUCACGCUCAAGUCCAGCCCAGACCUGCUCACCUACUCCUGCCAGGCAGCUUCCCAGUCUGGCCUGCGCUGGAGCAGCACGAAGCUGCAGAUGUACUGGGAGCUGUGGGCCAAGCCAGUGUCCCAGCUGCAGGCUAAUGUCACCUUGCAUGGUGGAGGGUCAGCCCCCAGGGCACAGAUGUCCUGCUGGGCACCCUCAGGCAGCCCACCCAUCACCUACCGCCUGGUCAGCAAGGACGGGCAGGUCCACAUGCAGAAGAGGCCACCCCACGGGCAGCCCGCCAACUUCUCCUUCCCGCUGCCCCCCAUGCCCGGCUGGUUCCAGUGCCAGGCUGAAAACAGUGUUGGUGUCCAGAGCAGCGCCUUCACGCUGGUGCCUCCAGGUGAGAGAGCCACUUGGAAGCCCAACCUGGCCACCUCCCUUACCCACACAGGACAGCUGCCCCAGGGACCUGCACUCGUGCUGGCUGGCAGCCUCAUCUCCAUUGCAGCGAUGACCUCCGUGAUGCUGGGUUUCACCAGAUUGUGAGUGGAAGAUGUAGGCUCCAGGAUUCCACCUUGACCUUGUGCCCUUCGGAAGGACCCUCUUCUGGGGUGAAGUGAAGCCGGGGGAGAGAAAAGGUCUGAGAAGACAGCGGCAGUCGUGUGGGAUGCAGGAGCCUGCAAGGACUUGGGUGAUAGACUUGUUCUGUGUGUAGGACUCAAGCUAACCGAAGAGCUUUUAUUUUUAAAUUUUAUUUUACUUUUUGGUACUGGGAAUCGAACCUAGGGCCUUGUGUGUGCCAAGCAGGUGUCUUGCGGUUGAGCUACAUCCUGGGCCCUGGAGUAGCUCUUAGCUGCUGUUUCCACAAAACAAAAAUUUGGGUAACUAAGAUGAGGGAUAUGUUGGUUUGCUCCACUGCAGGAACCUUUUUAUGUGUGCAUCUAAUAACAGCAAGACAUUCAUCUUAAACAUACACAAUAACAUUUAUCUUUAGCCAGGCAGGGUGGUGUAUGUCUGAAAUCCUAGCACUAGGGAGGCUGAGGGAGGAUCACAAGUUCAAGGCUAGCCUGGCCACAAAAUGAGUAUAAA